ACUACCUUUAGUUGGUUAAUGAAUCCUGAUAUUUUUCUCAUUCUCCUUUGCUUCCACAUUGGAACCCUAAUCCUUAAAUCCGAUUGAAUGGAGGGAGGAGUGUUAUCCGCGAAUGACCAACAGAGCUUGGUCUCUUCCUUCCUCGAGGUCGCUCAGGGACAGACUGCUGAGACUGCCAGACAGUUUCUCCAGGCCACAAGUUGGAAACUAGAAGAAGCUCUUCAGCUGUUCUUGAUAGGAAGUGAAACUGGAGCAGUGCCACCUUCAUCCCACACUCCACCUCAUUCCUGGACUGAUCAACCUUCAAUUGAACCAAGGAAUGAUACUGCAAAUGAAACUAGUGGCUACAAUGUUGCAGAAGAAGUACGCCCUCCCUUACCAGUCAUAAGGGAAACUCUUUAUGAUGAUGCAAUGCUCUAUGGAGCAUCAAGGAUUGCACUUGGUUCACAAGAACCAAGCUCUCUAAUUGCAUUUCGUAAUUUUGAAGACGAAAUGAGACGUCCAGGGGUUUGGGAGUCAGAGCAAGGUGCUGUUUCAAUGCCAGAGAGUUCUCGGGAUAAUCUUGCUUCACUGUAUCGCCCUCCAUUUCAUCUAAUGUUCAAUGGUCCUUUUGAAAAGGCAAAAGAUGCUGCUUCCAUUCAAGAUAAAUGGCUGUUGGUGAACAUACAAUCUACCAAGGAAUUCAGCUCACAUAUGCUUAAUCGGGAUACAUGGGCCAAUGAAGCUGUUUCUCAGACCAUUACUACGAACUUCAUAUUCUGGCAGCUGGUGGAGACAGCAAGGCUCAUCAAUUGCACAGAUUUAGUGAGUCCUUACAUUUCUCUUAGAUUCACUUCUUAG